GACACUUUAACCUUGUGUUACUCAAUCUCUUUUCACAACUAUAUCUAAAUUUCUUGUGAGAUUCACGUAUCUUCAAGAAACAAUCAUGGAAAUGGAUUGAGAGUUCAUGCGCCACUGAUUUAACACAUACUCCCGUUGUCUUUCUAUCUUCUAGGCUCUAUGUUUUCUUUAACGAAAGUGACACUUAACUAAAGACCUUAUAUACCUCUCCAUCUCGUGCGCAACAAUAGUUACGUACUAAACCUCUUCAAUACGCACACAGUACAGCCCAAGAGUAUCGCUUCUGGGCCUAAUUCUCUGCAUUUACUGAUUUCAUCGCAGUUCAUUUUCGGUGGCAACUCCCAAUCACGCAAUGAUCGAUUCAAGCGAACCUGUGAUAUCAUAAGCACUUGCUUUUCUUUUAGCCUCCGGCUCAUGAGUAUUGAUUGCAAACUUCAACUUUGAAGGAACUCUUCCCGCAGAAUUAGCUUGCAGACAGAUACCUCAGAUGUCUGUAAAGAUAAGCUGCCAACACUCGUUGGCAUACAUUCUUGGGUAUAUUAUUCCAAUAACUGCGGAAUUUUCACCGUUUGGCUCUGCGAUUCAUCUCUUACUUUUUGUUGUGCCCCAAUUAGACCACUUUCUCGUGUGGUACUUGUUGCUAAUACUCAUCGGUAUCACUGCUUGACAAUCUUUCGUUGGGAGUAAAUGCACAUCCUUUGCUUCUCGCAUGAUCUCUGUCGCCUCUAUCAUUGGCUUUAUUCUCCUCCUCCGCGAACUUUAUUUCCACUUCGUAUCAGUCAACUGCCUGCGGCCCCCUUACUAUACCUUGUCCAAUCUCUUCCGGGCCAUUCAUAUAACUUUUUAUUUAUCACUGAUUUUUGACACCUUAGAAAGCGGUCGAAAUUACCGAUACACAUAUUUUGCGUGGGCACGAUUGAUAAUUUUACUAUUUUCAUACUAUACAGCAUUAGCAUACGGCUUAUGGACCUGGUAUCUGCUGUGGCGAAAUCUUCGUGAUAGCAAUGAUAGCGAGGAUGACGAUGAAGGUUCUACUCAACCAGGAAUGAAUCUUGUACCGCGCAAGAUUCUGAGUGCAUCCAAUCUCACCUCCAGGAAUAAUCUCAUUAUUAGAACAAUGCUUUGGAUUCAUGCGCCACUUCACGUGAUACCAAACGAUCCUAGCUUCAGCUUUGAGGAAAGAAGGGUCUGGGGAAAGCUAGUGGUGAUAAUCGUUUGGGGAUCAAAAAUUAUUGGGGCUGUUUAUAUGCUUCUAAAAUGUCUCAUUGGGGGGCCCGUUCUUCUAUCCCUCAUCCCUUAUUACCCACGAUUUCCCGGCGAACCCUUAAUCCAAAUCAUGCAAAAUACUGGCAGUGAAUGGAUGUACAACCGUCCAAAAUUAGGACGCCAUGACAAAAUCAAAGCUCUUUCACAAGGCCGACAGCCUUUUCUUUCUUCAUUACAAGGACGUCCAAGACCCACAGAUAUCACCCACUCUGACGAAGAAGCCAAUCACUCUACCGAAAUCAUGAGUCUUCACAACAUCUCUGAUUACAACGAAAUUCCCACUUAUCAUCCAUCUACAUCGCUCGACACAAACGAUGUUCCGGACCGACAACUCGGCCCCGCUUACCUCUGUUUCUUAGAUCCCUCUUCGUCUACCGGGUACACUACUCGUCACGUAUCUACCUGGACUCAAUCACAUGGAAUCAGUUAUCCCAACUACAUAUUCGUAUCUUAUACCCGACUUCAAUUCUAUACCAUCAUUGCCGGAGACCCCAGUUUGCCAUCUUCGAUUAAUGCUCGCAGACAGGCUGCUGCUGAGCAAGAUAUGGAGAUGCUUAUUCAGUUUGCGAUACGUGCUACGAAGACCGCAGGUAUUGGUGCUUUUUGGAUAGAUUAUGAGUGUAUACGUCCUGAAGAAGACGAAGAUCCGGAUAAGAGUAUAGGAGAAGUAUAUCGAAUAUGUGAUAUCGUAAGGGCAUGUCACUCAAUGGCUAUAGUUGUUGGACCACGAUUUAAUUUUACCAAUUACACUCAUGAUGCCAUGGAAGGGAGGUCGGACGAUCUUUCAAAUACAAAAACUCAAUGGUUGCGAGAUUGGGGAAGCCGUCUCUGGACUGUUCCCGAAGCUCUUCUAUGCCCAGGCGAACACCGCAUUUCGAUUUACACACCUGGUGUGGUUGAGCCCGAGUUAGUCGCGAAACGGAAUCUUCCAGGCCGUGUCUGGGAUGAUGCAAUUGCCUUACGCCAGUUGAUCGAUCACUACGAAUCUUCAAUCCAUCUCACGAAGCUAGAGUUGAUCUCUAUUGCCCUUGAAUGUCUCAAGCGGCGCCAAACGGAGAAACGCAUGGCCGGCGACGUAGCAUAUGCACUGCAGGGAUUGCUCCGUCAACGACCUAAAGUUUUUCAAUCCGAUAGUGAUUUCCAGGCUUUUGCAAGACUUUCUCUUGCCAACGAUAGUGAUAUGCUUCUUGAAAGACUGCUCUGCCUCAAACCGAAGGAUAAUCGGGCACCAUGGCACGAGAUGCAAGAUGUUUGGGGAGCAAAAUUGUGGGAUAUUACGCCGAUAUGUCAGAUUUCUGAAGUGGUGGAGAACAAUACUGUGAUAUUAGGAGAUGCGAAAGGCGCGAUGGUAAAUUGGGAGUUCCUUGAAGCAAUUGAGUAUGAAACUACGCGUCCACAAAGUUAUGGUUGGGGACUGCUGAGAAUAAGUUCGUUUUUCAGUAUGAUGUUUAUGGUGCUUAUGGUGGUGCCGUUUCUCCUUUGGUUUCAACGAUCUGGCAAAAGGUUCGAGAUUCUUUACUCGAACAUGUUCAAGAUAACUUGGGGUAUAUUCGUGGGAAAUUCCAUUGCAGUACCAUGGGUAGUGAGAUACCUUUAUAAAAAUCCUGAAGUCCAUCAAGCGCAGGCUAGACUAUAUGGGAUAGCUGGGCGUCCAAAUUUGGGGAGGGUAGAAGAGCUGAUGUUUGGAUCUGAUCAAGGUCGCUUACAGUGGAUGGAAGGAGGGGAUAGUGUGGCUGAUCACCCUGAUGGUGACGAGUAUAGCUAUGAGAAUGGAUUGAGGUCGUUCACACUCAUAGAUACAUACACAUUGACAGCUAUUCCAUUCGAAGCCGAGCUUCCGCCAUCAGUAGUAUUGGCAGGUGCGCGCGCUCGUGGACUAGUACGGAUGCUUUUGUGUUCUUACGAUGCAAACACGGCGACAUUGUGUAAAGAGUCGGUUGUGAGAAUGGAAACUGUCGUACUUGAGCGGAUGCCAAAGUUGAAUCGGGUGCGAUUUGCUUUGAAGCCGACGAGGGAUGAUGCGAUAGCAGAGAGUAGAUGAAAUUGACAAGAGAAGCCGGCAUCCCACUUUAUCUUGCUCAGAUUUGCCCAAAGACAAAAAUUUGUGUAGCGAUAGUUGAAUGUGAAUGAUACUCUUGCUUUAGGAGAUUACAUUAUAUUUGACAAUCGAUUGGUGUCAUAUAUAGGAGUUCAACAAAGCUCUGGUACUCGGCCUAUAAUAGGAACAUUAAACUGCUAUUGUAGAUUUUCAAUCACCCCAAGAAGGAGAGGGAUAAUUCACUGAUAUAAGUCGAAGCAAAAUAACAAUGACGAUCGGGAUUCGGGAGCCCUAGGGAAUUUGUUAAUGAGCAGGACAACUCAAAUUCGGUCAAUCGAAUUUUGGAGGCUGCUGAAUCUACUAAAAUGCUACUUUGAUCUUCGGAUACAGAGCAAUAAUUUCAAUCUGUAGGUAGAAGAAUACCAAGAUAGUCGACCGAGUACUGGCUCCAUAUUUCGAGCCAGUGCAAAAAAUCUACAGAGGCCAAUAACAAGGCUCUUUGUUGUAUCUGUUGUCUUUGUUUUAUCGUCGCGUACGUGUUUAUAGUCAUGUUGUGGGGCAGACUUCCUUUGUUUUUGGAUUAUUAAUUUGGUGGUUUUGAACA